UUUGGUUUUGCAAAUUUGAAACAACAAUGAAAUUCUUAAUCGUGUUUGCUUUGGCCUUGGCCACCUCUACGGCCUUUGUGAUUGAACCCCGUGAUGUUCUGAUGCCCGUCGUUGAAAGCGAGGGACGCAUUACUAAUGGCAAUACCGCCUCGGUGGGUCAAUUUCCUUAUCAAGCUGGUCUAUCCUUGAAGCUUAAUGCUCUCUCCUCCGCCUGGUGCGGUGGUUCUUUGAUUGGCAACCAAUGGGUUUUGACUGCUGCCCAUUGUACCGAUGGCAUUCAAUCCGUUACCGUGUACUUGGGUGCUACUGUACGCACCUCGGCUGAAGUCACCUAUACCGUUUCCAAGGAUAACAUCAUCAUCCACUCUGGCUGGAACAGCAACACCUUGAAGAAUGACAUUUCUUUGAUCAGAAUCCCAUCUGUAUCCUACAGUGCCAAGAUCCAAGCUGUUAAAUUGCCCGCCAUUGCCAAUUCUUACUCUACUUAUGCUGGUGAUUAUGUUAUUGCAUCCGGUUGGGGCCGUAUCUCGGACUCUGCCUCAGGUGUCACCAACAACUUGCAAUGGGCCCGCAUGCAAGUCAUCACCAACUCUGUGUGUGCUCAAACUUAUGGCAGCUCCAUUGUUACCUCCUCCAACGUUUGCGUCUCUACUCCCAAUGGUGUGUCCACCUGCAAUGGUGAUUCUGGCGGUCCUUUGGUUUUGGAAUCCAACAAGGUUCAAAUCGGUUUGACUUCUUUCGGUGCUGCUGCUGGUUGUGCCAAGGGUUACCCCGCUGCCUUUACCCGUGUUACCAGCUACUUGUCAUGGAUCCAGGCUAACACUGGAAUUAGCUACUAAACGAUUUUGCGAAAUAAA